UUGGAGCCGUGACUAGCUAGCUUCUCGUUAGCAUCCUAUACAGUGGUGGAUUAUAUUCAAAAUCUUUACUCAGGGUUCGGAAAAUAAAAAUAUAGCGUCUUACUCCUAUAUAUAGCUAUUCUUUCUGUCAUCAAUCUUUCAUCAACUAGCUACUUCUAAAUCUUCUUCUCCAACAAUGGCGCCACUACUUUUCUUUGCCUUUUUCCUUCUUAUUGCUUCUGCUAACGGAGCUGCUCCCGGUGCUCCUGGUCCUUUCCCACCCGUCAAUGUAUCCUCUCCAACACCUCCGGUCCCCAUGCCACCAACAACUCCAUACCCACCACCCAUCCGAUUGAUCACCCCGCCUCCUCCACCACCAGUUAAGUUACCAUCCCCACCUCCGGCAGUCAAGCUACCGCCACCUCCACCAUCACCACCACUCCCUACUCCCCCCGUUUCACCACCAAAGACCACAGCAGAUUGCAUUCCCCUAUGCUCUGUGAGAUGCAAAUUGCAUUCAAGGAAGAACGUAUGCCUAAGAGCGUGCACUACUUGCUGUUUAAGAUGCAAAUGUGUUCCACCAGGCCAAUAUGGAAACAGAGAGAAAUGUGGCAAAUGCUAUGCUAAUAUGACCACUCGCGGAGGCAGACUAAAGUGCCCAUGAAAAUGGUUUAUACAGCAGGGAACUGUCACUUGAUCAACUAGUUAACUUGUGCUUUCUCAAUAUAUUUUGAUAUUUUCACGUUCAAACAGAUCCGGAAACCUGUCUAUCUACGCUACAUCCGUAGAUACCAUUUUUUCUCCAACUGUUUGAGCUUAAACCAUAUCAUUAAGAGUAAUUUUUUAUUUUGUAUGUGUGUGUCUGCACGUUUUUUUAAGUAAUGAAAGGGAACUAUUCUCAUGUUAUUCU